AUUUGUGAAGAGUUGCGACGUCCGUGUCGCUGCGUGUCGAUCGAAUACAUGCGAGCAGCAGCCAUCAACUCACCAAUCCGUCCAUCCGUCCACGCGAUCCAUGGGAUCCAUCCAUGUGUCCAUUUGUCUGUCUCUGAGGCUGUCGGCUGUCGUUUCCUUGACAUGCGCCCCUCCAGCCAGCCGCUAAGCCACAUACAAAAACAUACCCAGGUAUGGCUUUGCUAUCUAUCGCUCCUCUUCCCCACUAUCGCCCUGCAGGUGGCCGUCCACCGCCCCAUUCCCCUCUCCAGCGAUAUCGCUAUCGCCAUCGCUGUUGUCGUCGCCUACGUGGGUGGCCUGGUCAUCCCCACCGCCACCUGGGUGUACAGGGCCCACCUGAAUCACACCCGCCUCGAAUAAAGCUUCCAGCCGAUGAAGAUCGACGCGAGCGGGGAAACGGUUGAGGAGAAACAAAGAUGCCUAAAUGAAUCAAAAGACCACCCACACUGUGUGUCUGCGUCCCUUGUCGCCAUGGGCGCGUUGAUGGGCACCUGCGCUGCGAUGUUCAUGUCGUUGUGUGUCUGCAGCUCGACUAUCUUGUCCACACCGCCGGCCUGCAUGGACGAGGUUGAACGAUCACACAGCCAUUUGGCUCUGUGCGUGUGUCGGGCUGCAGUGUUCUUUCCUCUCGUUUGCUGUCCAAUUACCUGCUCCACUAGUGUGGAGUAGGGGUUGUCGGGGAGGCCCUCGUUGGCCUGCUUCUCACGACCCGCACUGCAUGGAUGACACACACAGGCAACACACGGUAUGUAAAGCGUUUGUGUGCACUUGGCUGGUCUCAUUUUACCUCAGUAUCUCCUUGAGGACUGCGAGAGUAGAUUGGAUGUUCCUGAGGUUCUCGGCGGCCUGGAGCAGGUCACAGAGAGGCUGGACGCCGCCGCACUCAACAACAUACUCGGUCUGCACAGAAUGGAAAGCGCUUUUGUGUGUGUGUGAUGUGUGUGUGUGUGAUAUGCAUCUCGGCCGCUACAAUACGCACCUGUUGCUGUGAUCCCAUAGCUAUGUUUCCGAUGGCCUGGGCUGCCAUCUCCUUUAGCCCCAGUGCGGCUUCCCCACUGGCCGCUGCCGCUGUGUCAACCAGCAAAGGCACCAGCCCACCAUCGAUGACCGCCUGUCGGUGAGGAGUAGUACUGCCUGUAUAACCUGAGCAGCAAGCCGGCACCACACACAUGACGUGCUUGAUGGGGUGGCUGUGAUAUGUGUGGCCGUUUUACCUCCAGUGAUGAACAAGACUAUGGCGCAUCCGACAGCUUUCACCUUCCACAAGUCGGCCGACUCGAGCAGUGCCUUCAUCGAUGCCACGGCACCACACUCGACCAACACGUCACGGUCAGCAUCGGUACCUAUAAGCGAAAUCACCGAUCAGAGGCAAUCAGGACAGACACAGCGAGCCAUGCAGCAGCAUUUGGUGGUGUGUCGUGUCCUGAUGUUUGGUGGCUGACCUUGAGCCGCGUCCAUACACAACCUCCCAAAAUCCGCCAAGGCCGCUAGUGCAGAUCGCACCACCGAUUCAUCCUGCUCAGGUGCGGCGACGAGGUUGGCCAGGAGGGGCACGAAGGGGGCCAACUCAGCCAGAGGGACAGGGAGGGGUGAAUUCUCGGACACACGCCACAAGUUGCCCAGCAGCUGGCAGCCCCAUUCCAGCACCGUGACGUUGCCGCUUCCACGCAUCGCCGUCAGCAACGGCUCCAGCACGCCGGCCACCAACACGGCGUCGCGACAAGUCGUCGAUGCGACCGUGAUGUUGUUCAGCGCCCCGAUGGCCGCUGUACGCCCAUCCUCAUCAGGGGACGACAGCAGCUGAAUGAGGGGCGGGAUCCCGCCCGCAUCGACGAUGGCCGGGGUCUGCUCCGAUGUGCCCGCGGCAAUGUUGCCGAGCGCCCAUAUGGCCUCGUUCCGCACAUCACCAUCAGAGGACGACAGCAGCUGCACGAGGGGCUGGACCGCACCAGCAUCGACCACCGCCGCAUGACGAACCGCCAGCAUGCCGAGGGUCUGUGCUGCUCGGGCCUGCACGUACGUGGCCUCGCACCUCAGCAGAUCCACCAACACAGCCACCAGGCCAUCAGUGUUGACAGCCUUCUGCUCGAUGGUUCCCUCCAGGUGCUUGAUGGACAGCAGGCGGAUCAGCUGAAAUAUGGCCUCGCUCCGAAGCUGGGGAUCACUGGCCGACGCCAUUAGGUGGCAGAUGUCGGACAGGGCGGCUGUGAUCUCGUUUUCGACGGCGUCCAAUCCUCGCUCCUGCACCGCCUGAUCGUAGGCCUCCUUGGUGGAGAUGGCAUCGAAGAGCUUGCCCGCCUUGGCCAGCACUGCUUGGGGUGAGGGAUUGUCAGCCGUGGACUCCAUUGCCUCACAGCUGCGAAGCCCAACACAUACACACACGUGCAGAAUGGUUCGUGUCUGCUCUCCUUCAUCUUUCUGACCUGGUCAGUGCUCGUCUUCCCUUGACUUCGCUGCCGCCCUACUCUUCGGUGCAGAUCUCACAGCUCACACCUGCAGAAUGAAUGACACCACGAAGUGUGAUAGACCUGGGCUGCCCGUGGAUGCCUUCUGGUCCUCGCUCAUGGCUGCUCACUCACCGACAGAGAUCUCCUCCGCAGCGCGCGAGAUGGAUGGAUGCGGCCCGGCAGCAGGCUGGGCACUCAACGCCAAAAGAGAAUGGAACAGGCGGCUAAGGUCUGGCGGCUCACGAGAACGUCGUGGUUUUUCUCGUCUUCAUAGCCGGCAUCCAUUCCGGCUCGCAU